AGCCAUUGCACCGCGACACGUUUUCCAUCCCCCUGUUUUUUUCUAUAAAUUCCAACUUUCCCAUCCUUGUAAACCUUCUUCGGAUAAACCUCUUCACCUACCUUUACACAGUUACAUGCUUCUGAUACCUCUAAUCUCUCUCUCUCUCGCUUUUCCUUCUCUGUUUCGUGCCUUUUGAAACUAGAUCUGCUCUUCAAUCUAGGGUUUUGUUCGAUAAGGUUUUCUCAAAUGUUUACGGAAUUUCUAUGACCCUCGCAAACCCCAUGCGUCGAAUUCGUCUCCUCCACUCCUUCUCCGUCGUAUUCCUCUACUGGUUCUACGUCUUCUCAUGAACUUCCUCUCACUUCCCUAAUCGAUUCGAUUUUCCCCUCUUUUUAGCUUUGUAACAAUUAGAUCUGCAAAAUCGUAUUUCCAUAACAUUGACAAAAUCACUGAUUCGAAUACCUUUGAGAAGACGAGAAGAAAUGGCUUCGAUUCAACGCCCUGCGAGUUCGGGAUCGUCGGAAGGAGGAGGAGAUCCGCAGAUGGACGAUAGGAAGAGGAAGAGGAUGCUGUCGAACCGCGAAUCUGCGAGGAGAUCGCGGAUGAGGAAGCAGAAGCAGCUCGAAGACCUAACCGAUGAAGCGAGUCGAUUGAUAAGCUCGAACGAGCAAAUUGUUGAGAGCAUAAGCGUGAAGGAGGAUGCGUACGUGGAGAUGGAAGCCGCCAACGAUAUCCUUAGGGCUCAGACCAUGGAACUUGCAGAUCGAUUGCGUUUUCUCAACUCCAUCCUUGAGAUCGCAGAAGAAGUUAGCGGUUUCUCCGUUGAGAUUCCUCAGAUACCGGACCCUCUCCUCAUGCCCUGGCAGAUCCCUCACCCGAUUCACCCUAUUGUAGCUUCUGCUGACAUGUUCCUGCAUUGAAAUCGAGGCUUGUUUGUUUCAUAGUUCAAUUAGAAUUUUAUCUGGAGUCUUCGUUUUCUCAGUUUGGUUUGUUGAUGUUCCUUGUUGUAGUCGAUGAAUAAAGAAAGGGAAUAGUGGUGUUAAUUUGCAUUUUGUUUUAGAUCCGUGUGUUAUGAGUGCGGUUUGUGUUCCCGUGUUUAAUGUAUGUAUCUGCAUUCUCAUAGUGACAUUAUCUUGUGAUAUAUAUGGUUUUUCUUUUCUGUGUUUACAUUUGUUUCUGAUUACAAUUACAAAUUUGAGUAACCGAAUCCAGAAACGAUCAUUGAGGGAGACGCCACUGUAGCUCAUGUGGACAGUAGCUGCAACGGAUUCUACUUCUAAAUUCGUGAAGGAUUAUGGCCCCCUUACGUUAACUUUUUUGAUAAGUAAUUGAACCUUUUGAUAAGUAGAUGUGAGAUAAGACGUUAUUAUUGAAGCCGUGAUGUGAAAAGUGACUUUUAGAUAAGUUAAUUUUGCAUUUGAAUGAUUUUUUUUGUAUGUAUUUAUUCAAGAUGAGUUGUGUUUAGAUGAAAUUGCAUUUUAUUUCCACGAUGAAAUUAUUUACAAAAUAGAAAAAGUAUAUAAAUUUAUUUUUAGAACGCCUGAAAUAAAGAAAGUAAACAAAGAAAGAUUAGGCUCUAGUGUACAUAACCCCUACUCUAUCUAAGGAUGGAUUAAUAUCCCAGAUUUUUUUAUCAACCAAUUGGUACAAAAGAGUUGGCUUCUCCAAGAUAUGCAGAAGAAUUACAGCCAAUCAUAUGUCCAAAGCCUGCUAAUGGUGUUCGUGAUGUUCGAUAUUAAAUUCUUAAUUAUUAAUAUAAUCAACAAAAACCGUAUUUUGGCCCUUUUAAAUACUAAUAAAAAAUAUUUCCUUAUCUUCAUGUAUUGGUUGUUUUAUCAAAGGUAUCGAAAUUUUCAUCAUUUUUAUCAUUAUGUAAAAUCAUGAAAAUAGUGGUAAAUUUAUUUUAUGUCUUGAAAGGAAAAAGAAACAUAUCAUUUAAUAUAUUUCGUCUGAGUCUUUGAAGGAAAAUAAAACAUAUUAUUCAAAAUCUAUCGUCUUGUUUAUGUUCAAAUCAUGCACCUGCUCACAUUUGAUACACCUCCACUAAGGCAGCUCCCGUUCUGGUUAAAAUACUCGCAGGUUUAACAUUUGUGCUUUUAGAGAAAAAAAAUUGUUAAAAAAUUAUCCUCCGGGAGAAAAUAAUAUAAUGAAAAUAGACAGCAAAAGAUUAAUAAUUUUAACCUCAAUUAUAUAUUUCUUCUCGCCUCAUGUUUUUCUUAGAAACAAACGAAAGUAAGUUAAAGUAUUCACAAAAUCAAAGAACAAGAGAUUUUUUGUUUCCAUUUUUUCUAAAUUCACAACGGUAAGUCUAACUUUUAGUAAAAGUUGUGGAAUAUUCGUGAUUCCUUUUGGGGAUACCCGCGAAUAUUCGCGCGUGUUGUGAAACGAUGUGCUUAGGGAAUAUAUAAUAUAUUGGUUACAUGAGGUGUCAUUUUGAUUAAAAAUUGUGUAACGAUGAUGGCA